GGUUCGUCACAAUCCAUAACACAGCAUAGACCCCCUAACUGCUUUACUUCUUUCUUCCUUUUUCCAACCGCCAUAACUAUGAAGCUUGUUAUCUCUUUGUUCCUUCUUACCGAACUUGUCGGUUUGACCCUUGCCCAGGCAAAAGUUCAGAAUGCCAAUAUCGAACCCGAACUUGUCAUCCCAAACAGCUAUAUUAUUAAAUAUAAAUCUGACGCUUCCUCUGGCAGUAAAAAAAAGCAUGAGGAAGCCAUUGAUAAGAAGGCUAAAAGCAAGGGAAAAGAGGGUAUUGUGGAUAAUAUCGACCUCGAUGGUUUCAAAGGCUAUGUCGCCGAAAUUCCCUCCUCAGAGCUUAAGGAAGUCAUUAACUCUGACCUGGUCGAUUAUGUUGAGAAGGAUACUAUUGUGAAUGUCUCUGCUGUUGCUGCCCCUAGCUUAGGCCCAAUUACGAAACGCGGAUAUACCAGCCAGCUAUCUGCCCCUUGGGGUCUCGCCCGUAUCUCGCACGUCUAUACUGUUGAAGGUGUAGACACUCGCUACUAUUAUGACACCACCGCUGGCGCUGGCACAACUGUUUAUAUCCUUGAUUCGGGUAUUCGAACUACGCAUAAGGAGUUUGGGGGCCGUGCCUUCUGGGGAGCUAAUUUCAUCAGCGGCUCCCCAAAUACAGACGAGUUUGGCCAUGGGACACAUGUUGCUGGUACUGUUGGUGGCAAGACCUACGGCGUGGCUAAAGGUUGCAGCAUGUAUGCUGUUAAGGUGAUUGAUAAGAAUGGCUCUGGCACUAUGUCCGUCCGCGGUAUCACCAAGAAGAGCGUUAUUAAUGCAUCGCUUGGCGGCCCCUAUACCAAGAUUGGUAAUGAUGCUGUUAAGGCUGCCACUGAUCUUGGGAUUACUAUCGUUGUUUCAGCUGGCAAUAGCGCGACUGACGCUGCCAAUUUCUCACCUGCUUCUGCUCCAUCGGCCAUCACUGUCGGCUCUAUCGAUUCUGCCAGUUAUCGCAGUAUAUGGUCUAACUAUGGCGCCUUGGUAGAUAUCUUUGCGCCUGGUAGUGAUAUUCUCAGCGCGGGGCAUCUUAGCGACUCGAGCAGUUUGUACAAGUCAGGCACAAGUAUGGCUGCGCCGCAUGUUGCUGGUCUUGCGGCGUAUUUUAUGGCGAAGGAGGGACUUCGGGGUUCUACUGCUGUUACUAAUCGCAUCAUCGCCGCUGCUGAUACUAGUGGUGUUGGAUUCCCUAUGGGUAGUCCUCAACGUGUUGCUUAUAAUGCUGGUGGCAAAUAG